AUGAACCCGAAAAUUGUAUGCCAGUGCGGCGCUGUUCAAAUCACCGCUUCACGUCCUCAGCCCAUCGGAGUUUACUGCUGCCACUGUACAGAAUGCCAAAAGCAAUCAGCAUCAGCCUUUGGAACAUCCGCUAUCUUCCCAGCCGAUGGGAUGUGGCCUCUGCCUGAGGAAGUCCAGUCGAAGGUUGGUGUCUGGAAGCGACCUACCGAUGAAGGAAAUACCCUAGAGUGCUACUUUUGCAAGACGUGCGGCGUGAGAUUGUUUCAUCGCAGCAUCUUGCCGAAUGGUCAGCCCAAGCCAACAUUAUCUGUCAAGGGCGGUGUGGUUGAAGGAUUAAGCUGGGAGGGAGUUAAGCAUGUCUAUACGCGAAGUGCUCGUCUGCCUGUGCCUGAGGGAAGUUACGCUGGAGCGCCUAAGUUUAUGAACAAAACAAGUAGUACUGGAGAUCAGAGUCAGAUGGCAACUGCGGUAUUCUUCAUCUUUUUCACAUGGAUUGUCUCGCGUAUCUGUUUGCCGGAUGUGGAGUCAUCAGGAACCGCAAUUAUCGGAGGUGUUGUAACACCAGAAGCCGAUUUUGUGGACCCAUCACCGACCGAAAUCCGGCGUCGUAUCGGCCUCGCCCUGUAG